AUGAAGCUCAUGACCCUCUCCGUCCUCAGUGCCUAUGUGGCAUCGACCCUCGCCGCCGACUGCUUUGGCAUUGUGAACAAGGGCCUCGCGGACCUCGCAGACCCUUACUGGGAUGCUCGCUACGCCAUGUGUCACAACGAGCCCAACUCAGGCUGCGGCUAUCAGCAGGAGUGCUCGACCUAUGCCUCGAAGCCGCUCGGUUAUGGCGGCCAGAUGAAGCUUCAGGUGACCCUCACGCGCAAGUACACGAGCAACAAAAAGGGGUUCAAAGACUGCUGGGCCGCUACCGAGGACAUGAUCAACCAGUGUGUCAAGGGACAACAGAGAUACGCCGGUACUUGGUCGGCCAACGGUCAACUGUACCAGGUUGACGGAGAAAUCGUUGAGGCCUAG